UGUAGCAGCAGCCACUGUGGAGCAGGCAGCCACUGUGGAGCCAGUGGUAGAAGCCAGUGGUAGCAGCCAGUGAAGCCAGUGGUAGCAGCCAGUGAAGCCAGUGGUAGCAGGCAGCCAGUACAGCCAGUGGAGCAGGAGAACCUGAAGCAGGGCUGAGCCAAGGACUCACUGAAGCGUGUCUGUGAAUACAGUCUGUGGUGAACACACAUGCGGUGGCAGUGCUACGUUUGUAACGGAGCACAUACUGCAGCCUGCUAACAACAGAAGCCCUGGUGAUGGAUACAAGAACAGGGCUGGGGAGAUGAUGUGAACCAGAGGUGGAGGUGCGGGCAGCAGUGGAGCCGCUGGUACCAACACAGUAUGUGCAGUGAAUGUGACACCGAAGGAAAUGUGAGGGUGGCUCCACCGGCCGACGUUAGCUAGCCAGUCAGCUAGCCAGUCAGCUAGCCAGUCAGUGCGGCAGCCUGGUGCGAGUCUCGUGUCCUUCCAAGAGGCAGAGGGGCAUGUGAGAGGUGAGUGAGUCCGACUGCAGCUGCUUCACUCAUGUCCUCGACCAGGACGACUCACGACUGGGGAGAAAACCUUCACUGCGGCUGCUCGGCGUUAGCCAGCUAGCCAACAGCACGUUAGCAUUGUGGCUUAGCUUGCUAUUACAAGACAUUUUUCAAUGCAACAUGCUGUGAUAUGACUUUAGUGAUGAGAGAACACCGGCUCGGACUGGGCUGCAUUUAACACCAACUGCAUCACGUGCUUUAACUGAGCGAGCCGGUUGUUGGCUGCCAGCUAGCUCGAUCCCCCUGAAGAAGUGUGUGAAGCAUAACAGCUGGGACCCUCGCACCUGCCGUGUGCACCGUGGACACGUGUGUGAUCUCGAAGUACAUAGUACUUGCCGUUAUCAGACUAAGAGUGGCUCCUCCACUGUGGAGUCACGUGAGCCCGGGGCUGGACGGUGAAGUGCCUCGGUAGGUUCUGUGCUAAUCCUACCAGUCAGCUCCACGUUGUCUGACGGGGGGAGGAGGGUUGAAGAAGAGCACUCAGCUGGUACAGUCCCUCUCUUCCUGUUCACUGUCCGCUCCUCUCGUCGUCAGAGGCAUCAUUAACUGCAGGAUUGAAGAGCAGACGAGGCUGCGCACAGGCAAGUGACAGACUUCACCUAGACAUCCUUGCAUUUAUCGAUUAUCUUGAUGCGGAUGAUGGCUAAAGGAUAGCAACUGAGGAGUCACUCUCCCUCUACCCAAAGUGACCCUCUUACUUUAACUCUGCACCUUUGCAACGUCCCCUCACUGAUCUUCUUUGAGAUUUGUCUCUGCUCAUUGCCUCGUCUUUUUUGGAUUUCAUGGAAUUCAUGCGUUCCACAGUUGGACCAUGUAAAAUAAUUUCAAAGUGGACACUCCUCCUCCUCACACCCUCCUGCCCAAAAGAGAGGAUGAUUUUGUUAUCUGGAAAAUAAUUACAAUGUGACUGGAUGUCAACUUCCUUCCCGUCUGAGAUUACCACCUUGGUCUGUAGGUUUCUCACUCUGGUUCAUCGAAUUGCAGCCCUUUUCACAACCACAUCCCUUUUCUAGUGUCAUUGGGCCAUGGUUCGCAAGAAAGGUUCUCUUAUACUCUGCAGUGCUUUCCUGUUUGUUGCCUGGAAUGCGUUGCUUCUACUUUAUCUUUGGGGUCGCCCUCCCAUCGGCCGCCUCGGAGAAGUUGGUGGAGCAGAACCAGGAGGAAAGGAGGAGUGGGGUGUUGGUAGAGGAGGCCAGGUCAACCUGGCUGGGGAGGUGAUCCGCCUGGCAGAGGAGGUUGAAGUUCAACUUGAGACCCAGAAAAAGCUCCUGAAGCAGAUUGAGAGUCACAGGGCAGUUUGGGCUCGGCAGAAAGAUGUCGGUAAACGACAAACUGAUGAUACAAAACAAGUCGAAAACGAGGAUGUCCACCAGCCAUCAAAACCUCCACUUCCUCUCGGUGUAGAUGACAGGGCCCAGACUGAAAUAAUACAUACACAGAAGCCUGUUCAUACAGUAACUCUAGACUAUAAGUUGGAGCAGCACCAGACCGUUGGAAUAAAGGAGGAGGCUGUCGAGAAGAAUCUUUUGCCAUUUUCUGUUGCCAGCACACAAAUAGUCAUUCCCAUUCUAGUCAUUGCUUGUGACAGGGUGACGGUAAAACGGAGCCUUGACCGACUGAUACAGUACCGCCCUUCUCCACAACUAUAUCCAAUCAUUGUCAGCCAGGACUGUGGCCACGCCGAGACUGCUCGUGUAAUAGGCUCAUAUGGAGAUCAAGUGACACACAUACGCCAGCCGGACCUGUCGGACAUCAGAGUGCGGCCAGAGCACCGGAAGUUCCAGGGCUACUACAAAAUUGCCCGACAUUACCGCUGGGCACUCAACCAAGUGUUCAAUACUUUUUCCCAGUCCACUGUAGUCAUAGUCGAGGAUGACCUGGAGGUGGCACCGGACUUCUUUGAGUAUUUCCAAGCCCUGUACCCAAUUUUGCACUCUGAUCCCACCCUGUGGUGUGUUUCUGCCUGGAAUGAUAAUGGCAAGGAUGCCUUGGUGGAUCCAUCCAAGGCAGAGCUUCUCUAUAGAACAGACUUCUUUCCCGGACUUGGCUGGAUGCUACUGAAGGACAUGUGGGACGAACUGGAACCUAAAUGGCCCCUGGCCUUCUGGGAUGACUGGAUGCGUCAACCAGAGCAGCGCAAGGACCGCUCUUGCAUCCGGCCAGAAAUUUCACGGACUAUCACCUUUGGCCGUAAAGGCGUGAGUUUAGGUCAAUUCUUUGACCAAUACCUUCGUUAUAUUAAGCUAAACACUCAAUUUGUGCCUUUUACCAAACAGAAUUUGUCUUAUUUGUUAAAAGAGAAGUAUGAUGGAAGGUUUAUCAAAGAGGUUUACAGUGCACCACUGGUGAAAAUUGAAGAACUGCAACAAGGGGGCAUCCUAAGAGGCCCUGGACCAUACAGGGUGCAGUACUCCAGCCGCGACAGUUUUAAAGUCCUUGCUCGAAAUCUGGGGGUGAUGGAUGACUUGAAGUCUGGAGUUCCUCGUACAGGUUACAGGGGCAUAGUGGGUUUCCUGUACCGAGGCCGAAGGGUGCUCUUGGCUCCACCAGAGGGAUGGAUGCAGUAUGACAUCAGCUGGAGCUGAGAGUUUGAUUCAGUACAAUGUAAAUGGGGUUGAAGAGGGGAGAAAGCCUUACUCAGAGGAACUCUCUGAGACCAAAGAAUAUCAGCAGAAACAGUGGUUCAUGGAGGGACUGAAGUGGCACAGGUGGGGCUGCACAUCAGUGGAGUCUUGACCCAGACCCCUUUGUCAGGAGAGCUUCUAAAAUAGGGUGCUCAUUCAGGAUCAGUAGUCCAGGGCCACACAGACCUCACAUGAAGUUCAAACUUAGGAAACUAGGAAAGGAAAAUUCCACCCUUAAACACUGUUUCAAAAGAGAUAUUGGCAACGUGCCUUGCUUUAAGGGCCCACUUUGUUUGAUGUAUUGUAUAUCAGCUGUAAAUGGAGGUUGGUAGCAGAAAAUAAUUUGAAUCGUCAACAAGAAGUGAUGAUACUAUAAAUGCUGGAAGCCACAAACAAGCAGAGUUAUCAUAUCAGUUAAAAAUUGUGUUUUGGGGAAAGUUGAUGAAAUUGACCCAGCUUUUAAGAUCAUGUUGCUGGUGAAGUCUAUAAAACUAAUCAGAAACAGAGUUGUGUACAAAGGAUAUGAAAAACUACAAGGUUUUAUGUGGUCAACAAAUGCCAUAUCAAGCGCUGAACAAAGUUCAAGUUAUAGACCUGAUGGUUAUCAUUAAGAAGUAAGGCCUCUUCAUUGAUGAUUCAGAGAAAGAAUUGCAUUAGAAGCGGAGAGACUAACUUUGGAAACUACUUUAGCUCUGAUCCAAUAUCAACAACCUAAAUAUUACUUUUCAUGAAAUCUGUUGGCACAUCUGUUGAAAGUGGUCAGCAGAUUGUAGGAAAAGGUAUAAGGUGGGGAGAACCAGUGCUAGGUGGAAGCAAAAUAUUUAGCACAAUGGUUUGGUCUGACAAAAAAGGGUCUCUUCUGUUUAAGUCAAUACAAACCACACGUUUUAUUUUUCGCUCACUGCGACAAAACUUACAGCUGUCUGUUGUUGUUUCCCCUACCUUACAGAUUGCUAAGAAGAGUACCUAGCAUCAUAUAAGAUUGUAUUUUUAGAAUUCCUCCAGUAACAAAUUAAGUGCUCAGUGACUGAGGUGUCUUCAUUCCAGGAGAUGACUGCAGGACACUUGCAGUAUAACUUCACUAGACCAGACAUGAGACCUGAGAAACAAUAAUAAUAAUUCGUAAGAAAUGAUUUGUUGAAAAUGAAAAUGAAGAUGCCAGAAAGCAAGAACAAAAACUGACAGACACUUCAUAACAAAACAGCUUUGACAAUGUUUACUACAGGACAAGUAGCAGAUGUUUAACAGUUAUCAGCACUGCUGCCCUAUUUUUACAUCCAUAUUAAUAUUCUGUUGUUUUAAAAUGCAUCAUUGUUGCUACAAUUACUAAGUUUUUGGGCACUCAAAAUUGAAAAUCUUGAAAAAGCUGCUUGCCCCAUAAGAAUUUGAAAGGCUUGUGUUAUUGUUUGCACUGCCAGCAGUGAACGCAAAACAUUGCUAACACUUACUUUCAGUGACAGUUCCACCUCAGUCAGUCCAAGAAAAGAAAUCCCUUAUCUUAGUUUCAGUUGCUCAUUCUCAUUCAUAGCAUUUUCUGUAACUAAGCAACCAACGGAGAUAAUUUCUGAUAUGGAGCUCAAACCCUUCUCUGGACGGAGAAAGUUUUCAUUUUUAAACGGUUUUGAAACUGAAACGUUUUAUUUUGGAUGUUGUCUUAGGGCCAAGGGUAUCUUUAUUGUCCCCAAAAGGGCAAUUUGUAUUACAGACAGCAGUAUCCACAUAGUGCUGGUGAUGAACAUGGCUUUGAAAGCAGUGUGAAGCAGAGAGAUGACCUGUUGGUAUUAAGGCCUCAGUAUGCUUCAAGUCAAGUGGGACAUGUUACACUUCAGAAGUUCUGUCCUCAAAGGCAUCCGUGCUGCAUUCAUUUCCUACAUAAAGUGAAAGUAGUUGGGUUAAGGCUGGAAAAAGGAAACAUGGGGGGGGAGAAACGUGUGUGUGUGAUUGAUGGCUCGAAAUUGUCGGACACGGUUCCUUCAAUUUUUCUGUCAAUGGAUUUCAGAAACCUUUGUUUGAAGCAUACUGAGGCUUUCAGGGCCAUCAGGUCUUUGGAUAUUUUCUUAUCUUUUUGUUUUCUCUUUGUCUUUAAUGUAUUUGAGCAGCCCAGUAAAAAUUCCAUGACACUGAUGGUUGAAGAUAAUUGCUUUGCUGAAGGAAAAAACAUAUUAAUUGUCCACCUCCCUUUUUCCUUUCAGAAGGUUAUGAAGCCACACCUGAAUGAUUUUGGUGACUAAAUGCGUUGAAGGAAAUUAUUAAUGUGAAGGAUGAAACUAUAAUGUAUAAGAUAUUUUUAGAAAUUAUUUAACAGUCUAGAACUUAAAGUUCUUAAAGGUUUGCCAAGCUGUAAAUGAGAUUCAGACAUGAGUUUGACAUUUUACUGAUGAUCACCCUGAAGCUCUGAUACGGGGCACAUUGUGAUUCCAUGACGUUCCACACGGUUUGGCCUCUAAGGUUAGUUGAAAAAACAGUUUUAUUUGUUUCUGCUACAAGAAGGCAGAGAAAUGAUUAUCACUGUACUGUAAUUAGCUUUGGGAGGUUAUCAACAAGAAUGUCUGUAUGGUGAUGCGUAAAACCACUGCCUGAUGUGUUUAUAACUUUAACAGUAUAAAUAAAAUCAACUAUUUUGAUAUUUGUCCAAAUGCUAAAA